CGAGUCUCCCAGCCACAUGGAGGUGACACUGGCACAGAGGCCACAGAGCCUGCCGUCAUACCGCUACGAAACGUUGAAACACCCAGACUCGACCCGCGUGCUCGUUCUCCAGCCCGCAACCUCAUUCGAAACCCAACUGCGGUGUUCCAUGAUCCAAUACAGUCGGCGGGAGCAGCUUCGUAGCACAGAUACGUCCCGGAAUUAUUCUGCCGUAUCGUACACCUGGGGUUUGCCCGAUUUCUCCGUCGACCUCGUCAUUGAUCAAAGCAGUGUUGGCGACGACAUAACCACGCCCAAGGCGUCGCUGUUGAGAAUCACACCGACAGUCGAUAGCAUUCUACGACACCUGCGCAAUCCUCACAAGUCGCUGUACCUCUGGAUUGACGCCUUGUGCAUCGACCAACACGAUGAGAAUGAUAAGGCGGUACAGAUUCCACAGAUGGGCGAAAUAUACAAGUGCGCUGAGACAGUGCACAUCUGGCUCGGCGAACUCAAUGGCGAUGAAGUCGCAGUGGCAUUUGCCAACAUACGCAUGGCUCCUGCGUUCUCGGCGGCGACCGAGUCCUACAAGACGGAUCUUUGCAAAAGCUUAACGAUGCUGACGCAAAGGCCAUGGUUCACUCGAAGAUGGGUUAUCCAGGAGGUCAGGCUUGCAGAUCGAGCCGUCUUGCAUUAUGGAGAGCAUUCUGUUGGAUAUGCACGCUUCCGAACAGCAUGGUACCUGGUGGAAAGUCUUAUGAUAUCUCAGGAUAGCCUCAGAGAUCUGCGACCUUUGCUGAAGCAUGAUGUGACAGAAGACCUCUUGGAACUGCUCUGGGGAUUUCAUACGGCCGUGUGCUCAGACCCGCGAGAUCGUCUUGCAGCUUUUGACGGCUUCCUUCCCCAGAGCGAACAACAGAUUGAUCUCCGGUAUGGCCAGAUCGGCUGGAAGGAAAUGUAUCGCCGCCUAGCUGAGAGAUUAAUCAACAAAGGAACCCUAUCGGCGAGCAGGGUCAUUCUACACCUUUUCGCGUUUGGAUCGAUUGCUGGAAGAAGCCUAGACGACGUCGAGUAUCCGUCUUGGGUCCCUGAUUGGUCUGGGGUUCGACGGCUGGGAUUGGCGUCGGGCGAGUUCUUUAUGAAUCGCCUACACUCAACGAAUCGCGCCGACAAGCCUUGGAUCAGCUGUUCCGAUAAAAUUGAUGGCUUAGAAAAUGAAGUUCCUCCUUCAGAACUCCACUUGAAUGGCAGUUUGUUUAGCAAAGAGAAAGAAAAGCUCUUGCUCCAAGAAGCGCAACAAGACAUGCCAAGUUCCACGCGGUGCAUAUCAGAAGACAACUCCCCCAGGACUGGGUUCAGAACCAAAUUAUCUGUUGAGCAGAAUAAAUUACGGGCUAGGUGGUCGCCAAUUCGUGGUGGUCUGUAUGGGAGGAGUGCCCGACUGAUUAUGACGCUAUCGCGAGAACUAGUAGUUGAGAAAGAAAAGUCAUGGAAACACGCACUCUCAUGUCUCAAGCCAAUCCAACAUCAAUUCUUGACAUUGAGGAAUUGUUUAAGGAUCACGGCAUUAUUUGCAAUUGUCCUGAAGGACAAGGACGCUGCAUCAGAGGCCAAAGACCACGUGAGUAGCUGGCCUUUGGACACGCUCUUAUCGAAGCUGUACAAAGCUGUCAGGACUGGCUUUGAGAACCCAGGGUCCCUUACCGGGGAACAGACACUGUUACUCACAUUGAUUUGUAUCAUCCUACAAAAGUUCGCUUUGGUUGAGCUGCAUCCUUUGCCGUACAACAAUGUCGGUCCGCAAAAUUCUGUUAGCUGGGAUGAGGAUUAUGGUUUGGCACCUCACGAUAUGAAAUUUGGCGACAUCAUGAUCCCUUUUGACGAAACAUGGCCGCAAUAUUUCGCAGGGAAUGACUCUUUACUCGGAGAGUCGGGCAAUUGGAAAACCUCAAGGGCCCUCGCAUUACACCAUCUGGUCGAGGUAUCGAUAUGCUUGCGGCCGAUCACGCCCAAAAAAGUGUACGAGGUUUCAGACGUUCCACAAGAAGAUGGGCUGCCAUUACCAUUGGACGAGAUCGCAGCAGCACGAGAUGAUGGCUCUCGGAGAACAUACAGAGACCCGCAAAACGGCCAAGUGUUUUCCUAUCCUCCGAACCGGGUUCGAACAGCGCGAUACUUAGGGCCUGCCUACUGUGUCGGAGAGUAUAGCGUUGCCGAUCAUGAGUACAAAAGAGAUCCUCAUGAUACGCAAUUCGAUCCAUAUGAUCGGGAGACGCGUUUUGUAACCAAUUCUGUGUGGGACUAUAUGAAUGCUCGCGCGGAAGGUCUCUGUCGCCCAUUAAACAUAGACAUAGUGUAG